GGUCCGGUUACAUUGUUCUCCAUUCUAGUUGGUUCCCACUCUAAAAGCCUCCUUAAACCCCAGUAAUAAAAAAAAUCUCAGAACGACAUUAAAUUCUUUGAAUUUGCAAAUCUAGAUAUCUAAAGAUCUUUCCCGUUCUUUCUUUAGCUUGAAAAUGGCGGCGAUCCGUAGAGCCUCCACUCUUACUUCGUUUUUGCUUUCCAGAACACUCGCUUCAACUACCACUUCUUCCUCGGUGGCCACCACCGUCCACCGUCGCUUUCUCUCAAGCGGCGGCAUCAGUGCCAAUUGCGGUUCGUACAGUCGCCGCUCCGCUGGAGCCGUCUCUCUCGGCUUCGCCGGAGCGCUCGCUGCGGGCGCAUCGCUGUCGUUUCAAGAGGUCCAUGCUAAGGAACCGCCGCCGGCUGAUUUGGUUCCUGAGGAUGUUGUUCUUUAUCAGUAUGAGGCUUGCCCUUUUUGCAACAAAGUUAAAGCUUUCCUGGACUAUUAUGAUAUACCAUAUAAAGUUGUGGAAGUCAAUCCACUUAGUAAGAAAGAGAUCAAGUGGUCCGAUUAUAAAAAGGUACCCAUACUGAUGGUGGAUGGAGAACAGCUGGUUGACUCAUCAGCUAUAAUUGAUAAGUUGGGCCACAAGAUAAUUCCUGAGAAAAUGGCCGUAUCAGCUUCUGAAGAUGAUGAAGAGACAAAUUGGCGUCGAUGGGUUGAUAAUCACUUGGUGCAUGUCUUAUCCCCAAAUAUAUACCGUAAUACUUCUAAGGUGCUUGAGUCCUUUGACUAUAUAACAAGCAAUGGUAAUUUUGGCUUCACAGAAAAAAUACAGUGAAAUACGAUACUACAUCGC